GGCACGUCUUCCUGUGUUCUCACGGUUGGUUCUGUUUGUGAGACCUGUAGCUCGACUUUGCUGAUAGCAAGAUGUCUUCAGGAAAUGCAAAAAUUGGGCAUCCUGCUCCCAGCUUCAAAGCCACGGCUGUUAUGCCCGAUGGACAAUUCAAAGAUAUCAGCCUAAGUGAUUACAAAGGAAAAUAUGUUGUAUUCUUUUUUUACCCUCUUGACUUUACUUUUGUGUGUCCCAGGGAGAUCAUUGCUUUCAGUGAUAGAGCAGAAGAAUUUAAGAAACUCAACUGCCAAGUGAUUGGAGCUUCUGUGGAUUCUCACUUCUGUCAUCUGGCAUGGAUUAACACACCCAAGAAACAAGGAGGAUUGGGACCCAUGAACAUUCCCUUGGUAUCAGAUCCCAAGCGCACCAUUGCUCAGGAUUAUGGAGUCUUAAAAGCUGAUGAAGGUAUCUCUUUCAGGGGCCUCUUUAUUAUUGAUGAUAAAGGUAUCCUUCGCCAGAUAACAAUAAAUGAUCUUCCUGUUGGCCGCUCUGUGGAUGAGAUUCUGAGACUAGUCCAGGCCUUCCAGUUCACUGACAAACAUGGUGAAGUGUGCCCAGCUGGCUGGAAACCUGGCAGUGAUACCAUCAAGCCUGAUGUCAAUAAGAGCAAAGAGUAUUUCUCUAAGCAGAAGUGAGCACUGGACCAGUUUUCUGGCAGACAGCUUUGAGCAGCCAGAAGAAAUUUGUACUCUACACAUGACGUGGUGUGAUUCCAGAUAAGCCUUUCCUACAAGGGCUGGGGGUGGUUAGCCUUUCUUCCACUAUUGGUAAGGGGCAGACCAUCUUAUAUCAGUCACAGAAACCAGCCUGUUAAUCUGUUAAUUCUCUCUCUCUCUCUCUCUCUCUCUCUCUCUCUCUCUCUCUCUCUCUCUCAAGUAUCUAUUAAACGUGAAUUCUGUGAAAAAAAA